GUGAAAUUGUAAAUAGCUCCUCAGUCAUCACUGAAUAUGCUCCCCCGGCGCGUAGACCAAAAACAUAUAUGAGCUUUCAGGCUUUGACCACUGACCAUAUCACAACUGCUGAGUGCGCUAACCACCAAAACGCACACAAACAUGGCUUCCUCUGCCGAACGCGAUAACCCAAGAUCUGCAAAAAGAGUUGCUGUUGUUGGUGCCGGGGUAAGUGGGCUUGCUGCGGCUUACACAUUGAAAUCACAUGGUCUGGAUGUCACUGUAUUCGAAGCUGAAGCAAGAGCUGGCGGGAGGUUAAAAAGUGUCUCACAUGAUGGUCUAGUUUGGGAUGAGGGAGCUAAUACAAUGACUGCAAGUGAAUUGGAGGUUAAAGAAUUGAUUGAAGCUCUUGGCCUUCAAGGAAAGCAACAGUUUCCAAACUCACAGCAUAAGCGCUAUAUUGCAAAAAACGGUAAACCGGUUCUGGUACCAACAAAUCCUGCUGCACUACUGAAGACGCAACUCCUGUCUGCACGCUCAAAGAUCCAGCUAAUUUUUGAACCAUUUAUGUGGAAGAGAAGUGACCCCUCUAGUGUGUGCGAUGAAAAUUACACAGAAAGUGUUGGUAGUUUCUUUGAACGUCAUUUUGGGCAAGAGGUCGUGGACUAUCUUAUUGAUCCUUUUGUAGGUGGUACAAGUGCAGCAGAUCCGGAAUCUCUUUCUAUAUGCCAUACUUUCCCAGAGCUAUGGGAUUUGGAGAAGAGGUUUGGCUCCAUUAUAGCUGGAGCUUUGAAGUCAAAGUUAUUUUCUAAACCGGAUAAAACUAGUCAAAGGAAGGUAAAGGUCGCAUCAAGAAAAGACAAGCACAAGCGUGGUUCAUUUUCUUUCUUGGGUGGGAUGCAGACACUGACUGAUGCAUUGUGCAAAGAGCUCGGUCAAGAUGACCUUAAAUUAAAUUCAAAGGUUUUGACAUUAGCGUACAAUCAUGAUGGAAGUUCUUCAUCACAAAAUUGGUCUAUUUCUUGUGCUUCCAACCAAAACAUAGAAGCUGUUGAUGCUGUAAUUAUGACGGCUCCCCUAUGUAAUGUCAAAGAGAUGAAGAUCACAAAAAGGGCAACCCCGUUCCCACUUAAUUUUCUUCCUGAGGUGACCUAUGUGCCACUCUCAGUCAUAAUCACCACCUUUAGAAAGGAAAAUGUUAAGAGACCCCUUGAGGGAUUUGGAGUUCUUGUUCCUUCAAAAGAGCAACAAAAUGGUUUAAAAACUCUUGGUACACUUUUUUCCUCUAUGAUGUUUCCAGAUCGUGCACCCAGUGAUUUACAUCUCUACACCACCUUUGUAGGGGGCACAAGAAACACGGAUCUCGCAAAAGCUUCAACUGAUGAGCUUAAGAGCAUUGUGACUUCUGACCUGAGAAACUUGUUGGGAGCAGAGGGAGAGCCCACAUUUAUCAACCAUUUCUAUUGGAGCAAAGGCUUUCCUUUGUAUGGGCGUAACUAUGCAUCAGUUCUUCAAGCUAUUGACAAAAUGGAAAAAGAUCUUCCUGGAUUUUUCUAUGCAGGUAACCACAAAGGUGGGCUCUCAGUUGGCAAAGCAAUAGCCUCAGGUUGUAAAGCAGCUGAUCUUGUUAUCACUUACCUCAACUCUUCUUCAGAGAACAACAUAGUACCUGAUAAAUGAUUCUCAUGAGUUGUAUGCUUUCUUUUUACGACUAUGCUACGUAUAUAUCAAAGUCAGCUACUAGUAUAAAAUACAUGUUGAAAUCAGCUACUAGUAUAAAAUACAUGUUGAAAUGCAAAUACAUGUUAAAAAUAAAUUAAACCAUACAUAUAUUCAUAUACAAAUACAUUGGUGGCUGAUUUUUGUAUAUGAAUAGCAUUUUUGUUCUUUUUAUCAUAAUGGUUUUAUUAACACUAUUUAGCUUUUAUGAACAUUGUAAUAAUUAAUGCUCUUUAUAAAUAGUCCUCUUUUUUGAA